GCAGUCUUGAAGCGAGGUUAACCGAAGGACAGGGUUCAGAAGCGUCGCGUCAGUUUCAUAGUUACAUGAGACAGUCUUGACCAGUGGCACGUAUCAUCCUAUAUAGCAACCGUUACAGGUACGUACAUAAACUCUUGGUUUAACGACUAGAGCCUAAGAACCUAUCCUUCUUACAGAACCUACGAAUAGUAAACAAUAUUGGUACCUAUCGGGGCAUAGCAACGCAUGUUUGAACAAAGGAAUCGCCAUGUGCAUCGUUUCCAUUGUUCUGAACAAAGGGUUUGUUGCAGAUAUAUUCCAUGCCACCCGACGCGAAGCUCUCCCACCUUACUUAUAAUCGCGCAUUCAUGGCCAUGAAUCCACUACACUGCCCCAUAAUCAAUUUCAAAUUCCAAGCACCUUCUCGAAAUCUGAUUCUAUGUAAGAUGAAUGCAUCCUCGAAAGAAGUCUCUCGCCCUCAGGAACAGUUCCCUGAGGUGGCAGACUUACAAAAAGACCUCAUAAACGGCCUUCCUUGCGAGCUCCUUCAAGAGAUAUUUGCCGUUGUUGUGUUGAAUGAAGAGGAGGAGGAGGAGGAGGAUCCUAGGAAACGCAUCGGCCGAUUCAGGCUAUCUUUAGUAUGCAAGGAAUGGUGGGAUCUUAUCGAAGCGUGUCCAACUUUGUGGACGAGCGUCACCAUCACGGAUUUCUCACCCGACCAUUCCAUGUGUUACUCGGCUACAGUCGGCAAUCCCCAAGCCACAUUCCCAAAACUCAUGCGUAUCCUGGAACGUUCUGCAGGGUGCGAUAUAGACGUCAAGAUCGAUAUCUGGGCUCCACCCGAAGUCCCGCCAGAUUUUCAAGAUGUCGUGUCGGUCUGCCGUUGGAUAACCUCCCCUACCACAUCUGAGCUGCGCCUUGCUCUGUCAAAUCUUAUCGACACCCUUGAAAUUCUGUCACUCGUAUGCGCCGUACGUGAUGUCGAGGGGGCAGGCCCGCAGGAACACCUAAUCCUUCCUCACGUCAAUACGUUCUCUAUUGGUUACGGCAGAACAAUCAACGAAGUCGGACUCAUACUACAAUUCCUCGACCUACCCGCUGUUCGUCACCUGAACAUCAAAGACUGCCACAUAGCACCGUUGCCUGCCUCCGACCGUGCGUUUAUACAUGUCGUGAAGCGCCUUCCGUUGCACCAAAUCGUCUCUCUAAAACUAUCAAAUGUUCGUUUCGAGGUCCAAGAAGACUGCCUCACGUCGCAAGAUGUGCUUGAAGGAAACUUCAAUGCCGAGGAGGACCUGCCUGUCCCGUUGAGGUUCAUUCGCAAGCUCACGGCCAUCAAGCAACUCUCCUUGAACUCUCCUUGCCCCAUGUUCAUGUACUUUGCGACGUAUCCACGGACGCUCAGUAGAGUUACCGGGGACGAUGAGGUCAAGCUCGACGACCUUGCUCGGUUGAUCAAUUUGAGCACCGUCGAGACAAUGAACAUCGAAGCAGAUAACUGGGAGAUCCGGGAUUGGGACCCGGCCUUGACGUUCCUGCAUAACCGGUUUCAAUGGCCGUCUGCACAAGACGGGGUUUACCACGGGGUGGUAAUGGAUACGUUAAACAUCAUAUUGCCCUACAAGCUCUCGGAGAUGUCACAGUAUAUGCAUCCGCCUUUGGAAGAAGUCAUCGAAAACAAAUAUACUCAGCUUGCUAGACAUUUCGACUUGGAAUGGAUGCUUGAUGACGAUGAUUUGGAGGAAGGUGGCGACGUUGGCUUCGGCUUGUGCCUUGAAGAUCUGAUGGAGGACGAGGCGUAAAACCAGCUUGUGUAGUUCUUGCCAUGAAGCAAUUAGAACAACUCUUCGAGAAUAUUUUGACGCAGCGUGUUAAAUUCUAUAGGCUCCAGAGUCAUCAGUGGUCGUCAGGGUCUAACAACUAUCUUUUG